GCUCUGCCCCUCCUCACUUCUGCUCUCUGGACCCAAAUCAGAGGAUUCGGUCUUAGACCAGGAGUUCUUAAGAAGGGCCGUGAGCCUCCUCAAACUGGAAGGCCGUUUUUCUGGGGAGGGGCCAAAGCUUUCAUCAGUGUCCCCUGCUCUAAAAACCCUCUGGCCCAGCCCUGUUUCAGAGCCUCUGCUGGGCUCACACCAGGCUCAGACGGGGCAAGAAGCUUCGGUGUGGCUGCUGCUGGUCCUCCAAGCCCCGGGUUAAAGCUUCCUCUCCAGAGUCCCCUUGAAAAGGUUUCCCUGGGGCCUGGAGGCAGCAGGGACUCCUGGGGGGGCAGGAAACCCUGGGAGGCCUCCAGCCUAUGGACUGGAGAGGAAAGACAGGACGUCUGGGGCCCAUGAAGGGUUGUGGUGGGGCCCUCAAAGACCUGAGUUCUGGUCCCCUCGGCCCCUCUUUGGGCAUAUCCCCUCGGUCUUCCCUCCUGUAGAAUGGAGGGGCAGGCCCACAUGCUCUGCUGUCUGCCUCAGCCCUGGUUGACUCCCUUCUUUCCUGUCCUAGGCCUUGGGCUUGGGUGGGUGGCAGGCCCCUUCCGGCUGGCCCUCUGCCCUCCCUCCCUCCCUCUGGCUCUGCCCAGCCCCUGCCAAUCUGUGAACCUCCCAGGAGCCUCUGCACCCCCUGAGUCCCCUGGGAGGCCCUGGGAAGAACAGCCAGCAGUAAGGAAUCCCGGAAGCCCUUCUGAGGGAGACCCCUCCAGGGAUCCCCCCCCCCCCCCCCCCAGGAAGAGAUCACCGCAAACACAGGUGCAGCAGCCCCUCAUGGAGCUCCCGGGCACGCCGCCCCUGCAAGAGGUCCCCAGGGAAGAGUCCCUGCCUGAGGACUCAGGCCUGCAGGUGACGCCCAGCACGCACAUUCUCUACGUGGGCCACCUGAACCCCCAGUUCUCAGUGCCUGUGCUCACCUGCCUGCUGCGAGACGCCCUGGAACGGCUGGGGCUGCCGGUGGCACGGGAGCACAUCGAGGUGGUGAGGCGACCACGGAAGGCCUACGCACUGGUGCAGGUGACCACCCACAGGGACAGCCUGGCCUCCCUCCCCUGGCGCCUGCAGACGGCCGUGGAGGAGCACCAGAUCCUCAAGGAGCUGGUGGCCCGCGGGAAGGAGCUGGUGUUGGGUGACGGCCGAGGGCCCUCGCGCGGCAGAGAGGUAAAAGGGGCGCUUCUGGAGCCACCAAGCCUGCAAGCCCCAGAGCCUCACCCGGGGGCGGGGAGAAGCCUGGGCAGGGGUGGAGGUGCCAGCCGGAGCCCGAGCCCCAGCCCUGCCAACAGCCCCCCGGCACGGGCCCCGCAGAGGUCCCAGGACCGGCCCAGCGGCGCACGCUCCGACAGCGCCAUCGUGCACCAGGAGGUCCCGGGCCAGGAGCGCCUCUUCCAGGGCGCCUUCCUGGGCAGCGAGACACGCAGCGUGGAGUUCAAGCGCGGCGGCGGCGAGUACCUGAGCCUGGCCUUCAAGCACCACCUGCGGCGCUACGCGUGCGCCUUCCUCAACGGCGAGGGCGGCAGCCUGUUCGUGGGCGUCGAGGACAGCGGCCUGGUGCGGGGCGUCCCCUGCAGCCACCGCGACGAGGACCGUGUGCGCCUGCUGGUGGACUCCAUCCUGCAGGGUUUCCAGCCCCAGGUCUUCCCCGACGCCUACACACUCUCUUUCAUCCCCGUGGUCAGCACCAUCGCCUCCCCCACCCCCCUCAAGGUGAUCCGCCUGAGGGUGCGCGCCCCCAGGGCCCAGGCCGAGCCGCAGCUCUAUGAGACUGACCAGGGGGAGGUGUUCUUGCGGCGGGACGGGAGCAUCCAGGGCCCGCUGUCUGUCCACGCCAUCCAGGAGUGGUACAAGCAGAAGUGGGUGGUGGAGUUGCGCACGCUGCAGGAGAGGGUGAAGGUGCUGACGGCGGAGAAGGAGCAGCUCCGGCAGCAGCUGAAGCAGCAAGGACCCGGCUCCCGCACCUGCUGCGUCCUGUGA